AUGGCAUCCGCCACUCGAAACACGGCCGUCAUAUGGUGGAAUCACACGGCUUACGUCACGUUGUUUAGGCGAUCAAGCUUUCGUUUAGGUGGCAUUGACCGUGAGCCGGAAGGAGACGAAGAAGAAGGAGCGUGCAGGGCGAAACGGCGGUCUUGUAAGAACCCUAUUGAGAAGCCAGUGAAUAUGUUCUCCAUACGUACGGUAGUUCUGUUACUGACGCUGGUGGUGACAGAGGGUGGGAACACGACUACCACGGUUGAAAAAGCAAUUCCACUGCGAACAGCAGUGAAACAGUCGGACUUCAACAAAAGCGUGACGGGAACGCCGAAUGUCCUUCGGAUGACACAGGUGGAUGCGUACACCACAUAUAUCGCCGGUGAAGACUUCGCCACGGUCCCGGAGUUUGUGAAGGUGAUGGCCGCCAUAGAGAAUGGCAGCAAAUGGAUGGAAGCGAACCUUAGCCGCAGUGUCGAAAAGAACCCCGCCGCCGUUCCUUCUAAUAUCCGGGAGGACGGCCGAUGGGAUCCUGAGAAGCACAAGAAUAAUUCCCAAGCCUUUUCGACGUUUGCGUACGUUCUAUUGGGUAUGAUUGGCUGCAUGAUCGCGAUGGUGUUCAUAUGCAUGGUGGCAACGUCCUGCAAGGAGAUCUUCACCAAUGGUUUCUAUGGUACAGGAAGUCGAGUCUUGGAUCGGAUGACUAAAGCCCUGUCGAAGACUGGUGACGACACAACUAACCUCCUGCAAGAGAGUAUGACUCCCUCAACUUCCGGUGCUCGGAGUCUCGGCUACACCGGAGCGAGAAGCGCGCUCAUGUUGCCGAGUUCACGGAAAUCUUGCAUGACUACAAGAAGCAUUGAUAUGCAAACCAGAAUAGUGUAAUGGCGUCGUAUUCUAGACGAUUACAGUGACGGUACCGAAAGCAGAGACAAUAAAUUAAUAAAGACA